AUUAUAUCCUUCUUAUCUGUAAUAUAUUACCCUUGGUUAAGCUGAAGUAUUUGUUUGAAAUGAAACACCUAUAUUGAUUUGAGUUCAGUUUGUGUUGGUUGCUAUGAUAAUGAAGAGAUAGGUCUGAUAUAUUGAAAGCAUGGCCAUAAACUUAGGUAGCACAGGAAAAGGAAAGAUGAAAAAGGAUGUUUCAGAUAUGUGGGAAGAUAAAGAAGUUAGAUUUGACAUUCCUAUUACGUUAAGUAACAUGAGAACUGGGGAAAAAAUCAUAGACAAAUUAGAUUUUGUGGAGGAUACCAAAGGCAAUAAUGGCGAUAAAGGAAGGUUGAUAGUAACAAAUUUACGAAUUCUAUGGCAUUCACUAUCUGUGUUUAGAAUUAGCUUGUCCAUUGGAUUCAAUUGUAUAGUUUCAGCUACUACUAAAGUAGUAAAUUCAAAACUUAGAGGAACCACAGAAGCUCUCCAUUUGCUCACUAAGUUCAACAACUCCCGAUUUGAAUUCAUUUUUACAAAUUUAGUCUCUGGAAACACUCGACAUUUCACAUCUGUUAUGGGUGUUCAUAAAGCUUACCUUUCUUCUAAACCCUACCGAGAACUCAAGCUUCGUGGGGCUGUGGUCCGACACAAGCAGCUUGUAAUACUUCCUUUAGAACAUAUAUGUGAUGUAGUUGAUGGUGUUUGGAAUUUAUCCAGUGAUCAAGGAAAUUUAGGUUCUUUCAUCAUUACUAAUAUUCGUUUGGUUUGGUUUGCUGAAAUGAAUGAAAAUUUUAAUAUUUCCCUACCCUAUCUCCAAAUUUCAUCAGUCAAAAUUCGUGAUUCUCGGUUUGGUCCAGCUUUGGUUGUUGAGAGCAAACCAGGUAGUGGUGCCUAUGUUUUAGGAUUCAAAAUCGAUCCGGUUUCUAAAUUGCAACAAGUUGCCAAGGAACUAAGUUCAAUGCUUGAGAUUCAUUCUGCUAACCCUGAAUUCGGAGUUGAAUAUUCUCUCAGUGAUCAGGCUGUUUUAGCUGAAACAGUACCCAUAAAGGAGCCAGAAUUUGUAGAAGUUGAAGAGGAAGAUGUGACUGGUGUAACCGCCGCUCAUUACUCUGAUGGAAGCCAAGAUAGACCGCCUGUAUACUGCAAUGAACUUGGGCUUGCAAUCGAAGCUCUAGCUGAUGGUCAAAACUUGUCCACUCUUUGGCAAAUUGUACCUUCUAAGGCGUAAUUUUUAUGUCAUAAUUUGUUUUUAUUAGUUCUUUCCGAAGAAAAAUUUCAUUGACGGUCAUCUUAAUUUGAAGAAUAUUAAAAUUAAAAGAGUACACUUAUGCUAUGAAAUCACAGAGGUAUUGGAAGGUACAAAUAUCGGUUUAACUAUUAGUGCUCUGGUAAAGUUAUCUGUUUUUUGUGUUGUUAUUUAUUCUGUUUUUACUAAAAAAUAAUCUUUGAAGAUAGUUAUGGAGAAAAAAUGACAUUUAGUUAAUAAUAAUCCAUCUAAAGUUUUACAUAUUUGAUGAUACUUUAGACUGAUAUAAAUUGUGAAACCUGUUAUUUUUUAAUUCAAUUCCUAUACCUAGUUCUAUCAUAUUUCUACCAAUGAAACUUUAUAACUUUGAUACCUAUUAGAUGAUAUUAUAUUUUAUUUUAAACUAAUUGCAUUUUCUUUUUUAAAAUCCAUAUGUAGUGUAUUUCAUCAGGUUCAGAUUCUAUGGCCCAUCCACUUAGCUCAGAUGAAAAAACUUGUGAGCAUGGAUGGGGCUAAACUUAAGUUACAAGUAUAUUAUUU